AUGCCGGGAGACGCAGAAGACCGCGCCGCGCUCGUCAACCGACAGCUGCCAGAAAUGACACUGUCAACAGCAGACAACCCUCUCACAGCGCCUAAAUCACCUCCAGAGGACCUUUCUACAGCACAAAGAGCCCAAUACAGGUUCCAGGUCAAGGGCAAUGCGAUCAUCACCGGUGGCGCAGGUACACUUGCACUUGAAGCCGCCCAGGCGCUCCUUGAACACGGCGCUACAGGGUUGGCUCUAUGGGAUAUGAACCCAGACCAAGCCUUCGAAAGCGUCAAGACACUACAUGCCAAGUUCCCACAUGCGAGGAUAAUAACCGAAGCUGUCGAUGUCCGUGACGAGAAGGCAAUCGCGUCGGCCGUAGAAAGCUCGGUGAAGGUCCUAGGCAGUAUAGACAUGCUAUGCUGCUUCGCGGGCGUCGUGGGCUGCACACAUGCGAUAGAGAUGGCCGCCGACGAAUGGAGGCGCACACACGACAUCAACCUCACAGGUUCCUUCCUUUGUGCGCAGGCUGUCGCGAAGCAAUUGCGUGCGCAAGGGACUGGAGGAAGUAUUACGUUCACAGCAAGUAUCUCAGCGCAUCACACGAACUACCCACAGCCGCAGUGUGCAUACAACUCAUCCAAGACAGCGUUGCUAUCGCUAGCGAAGAGCUUAGCUGCUGAGUGGAGUAGCUACGGUAUCAGGGUCAACUGCUUGAGCCCAGGAUACAUGGACACGAUACUUAAUGAUGGUGACGGCUUGAUCAGGGCGCGCAAGAGCUGGAAUGACAGAAAUCCGAUGGGUCGCAUGGGUCAUCCUUGGGAGCUUACAGGGCCGUUAGUGUUGCUGUGCAGCAAUGCGGGACGAUACAUAAACGGAACAGAUAUCAUCGUUGACGGCGGAGCCAUGGUAUUCUAA